AUGUAAAAACCAAAAAUGAUAGAAAAUGAAAAAGAUUUCCUUUGCUCUAAAGGACAUAAGCUGCAAGUUGUUACAAUUGCACUUGAUCCAAAAAUAUAUAAGAAUAUAAGACUUUUAUGCAUAGAAUGUUUAGAAAAUACAGAAAUAGUUGGGUAAGCAAUUGGCUUAAAGAAAAUUAUUUCAGAAAUAGAAUAAAAUUAGAUAAAGAAGAUGGAAAAAGGAGAAGAUAUCAUAAAGAAUUAUAUAAAAUUAAUAUAAUCAUUACAAAUUAUAGUUGAUCAAAUGAAAUCACAUGUAAUGCAAUAAUUAGGAGAAUUGAAUACUAUCAUGAUUGGAUGGAUUAAGAAUUUAGAAUAAUAAAAAUAAUAAUAUUUUCAAUACAGUUUUUUUUAGGAGUUAGAAAUUAAGUAUUACAAAUCAAAUUAAACUGAUCCCAAUUUACAUAUCCAUGAAAUUUAGAAAACUAAUCUCUGUUGGAAUUAAAAAUUUAAUCUUAAAUUAGAAUAAUUUAAUUAAUUUAUUGAAUAUAAUAAAUGUAAGGAAAUAUUAAAGAAUUUAGAAUUAGUUUUUUAGAAAUGUAUUCAAAAUGAUUAACAAUAAUUAAUCAAUAUAUAAUAACAAAAUUAAGACAUAGAAUAACCAAGUACUUAAAAUAAUAUUCAACCAUUCACUUAUUAACUAAUCAAAUAAUAAUCAAUUUUAUAAACCAAUUAGUGUGGUGCAUUAGCAAUUAAUAAAGAUUGUUCAAUAUUAGUGGCUGGAUCUGAUUCAUAAAUAAAUGUAUUUGAAUUUUAGUAAGGAUUUUUGAAACAUAUUUAAUCUUUAAGUGAACAUAAGAGUGAAGUUAAUACAUUAAACUUUAUGAAAUAAUCGGAUUAGUUUAUAUCUGGGAGUGAUGAUCAGUCUAUCAUAAUAUGGGGAAAAAGUUAAAAUAAAUAAUGGAUUUCAAAAUAAAAAUUAAUUGGGCAUGGUGAUAAAAUUUAAUGUUUAGUCUUAAAUAAUAAUGAAGAUCUAAUUGUAUCAGGGAGUUCAGAUAAAAGUAUUAAAUUUUGGAUAAAGAAGAAUGAAUGGAUAUAUUAAUAAACAAAUACAAAUCAUAAUAAUACUGUAUAUUAAUUAAGUUUAAAUUAAUAAUAAAAUAGAUUGGUGUCCUGUGGUUUGGAUAGUUUAAUAUUAAUAUUAGAAAAAUCAGAAUAGAAUAAACAAUGGAUUUUAAAAUAAAAGAUCAAAGUUGAUCAAUGUGGAUUUAGAAUUUGCUUUAUUGAUAAUAAUAUGUUCACAUUUUCACCACAUAAUAAAGAAUAGGUGUCUGUUUAUGAGCUAAAAAAUAAUUAAUUUACAAAGACUAAAGAUAUUGCUGUAAAAUGUGGAUCAGAUGCUAAUUGUCUAUUUCCUUAAUAAUUUAUUAAUGCAAAAUGUAUGCUUGUGAGUAAGAAUGGUGAAUAUGUCAAUUUAAUUAGGAAAAAUGAAAAUGGAGACUUAUUUACUUAUUAAUCUAUACAUUUUGGAACUUAUUAUUUAUAUGGAGUAAUGAGUGAAAAUGGGUAGUAUUUGAUUACUUGGGAUUAUGAAUCAAAAUAAAUACAAAUUAGAAAAUAUUAAGAACAAUGA